AUGUUCAUGACCGACAUUGGCUGCUUGGUGACUCCCGCGUCUUCAGGGCUGGUGUGUACUCAUUGUGGCCAUGUCCUCAGUGGUAAUGUGCCCCAACACCUGUUCAAAAAGCACCAUGUUCGGUGUAGUCAAGAAGACAUUGAUGCAGCCACGGCGCUCCUGCGCUCUGAGCAGCCCGAGGAGCCAACAGAGGAUGUUGCAACAGAGGCUGGGCCUCGAGCGCCUGUGGAAGGUAUCCCAAUUCUGGACGGCGUGAGUUGCCCCAUUUGUCAGGCAUGCUUCACGACGAAGAAUAGCCUGCACUUUCAUUUGCACAACAAACACGUUGGUGACCCCAAUAUCAAUCAGCCGCCUCGACGAGUCAAGCUGCAAAAGCCGCUGCGCGGUGCUGGAGCCCGCUGUGUCGAGAUCAUUGUGGAAGAAAGCCACGACGCCUCGGCAGCCGAUGUGAGCGAAAGCGAGGAGGAGCUGGAGGAGCAGCAGCGGUUCAAGCAGUUUAUCUCAAGCACCCAGGCCAUGGCCUCGGAGGCUGAGGAUAAGCGAUGCCCGCACGGCGUUCACCAGAUGCAUCCGUUUUACGAUAGCGUGGGCAUGACGCUGAUCAUCAACGAGCUGAAGCCAGAGCGCAUGGUCGAACUGGGCCACAACACCCCGUCGGCACUCCUUGAGUCGGGCAUGCACGAGCUGUUCUGGACGGCCUACGAGCAGCUCUCGGAUCAGGGCCUGGCCGCUGCUGCGGUGACGCGUCUGUUUGACGACAAUGAAGGGCAGUAUCAGCAUCGCCCCAUGCGGCAAGUACAGCCGCAAACCGUCAGCAGGUACCUGAGUCUUGGGACACGCCUGGUCCAAUUUUUGCUGCUGCUGGAGGCCAUGCCAGCCCUAGUGUAA